AUGGAGGUAGAAGUACGGCUAUCGAGGACGGGGGAGGAGCCCUGGGGCUUCAGACUCAUCGGGGGCACCGAUUUCAACAUGCCGCUCACCGUUGUCAAGGUUCUACCCGACUCACCGGCGGAUCUCGCCGGCAUUCGCAACGGAGACACCGUCGCCAGCAUACAGGGGGAAAAAGCGGCCACCAUGACACAUGACGGGGCUAAAGCGGCUGUGGCGGCGGCAGCGGACGUCCUGAGCCUUGGAGUGAUGUGCGGUCUUUACGACCUGACGCUCGACGACUACGACCCGAUCGACGACCCGCUAGACCAGGACGAUUUCGACCAGCCCUCUCAUCCGACUGAGGUAUUCCAAAUACAGCAAUUCGGCGACACCCCCCUUGACUCCAAAGACCCUAGCAGGUCCCGCACUGGAUCCCGGGGUAACCUCGACCGGAGGUCUUUAAGCGAAGGUCGCUGUGAUCCCUACGAACAGAGGUCCUUAACUGAAUCUCCUUACUUCCUCAACACCAAACCAUAUAGACCUUUCUCCACUGAACCUUCCCCCAUCCCUCCUUUAGAGAAACCUAUUAUACUUAAUCCUAAUUAUCAUGAUGAAUUUGGCACAAAUGAUGAUGGCCUUGAGCCGCCUGUUGAUCCCAAAGUUGAUGAAUUCGCGGGGAUCCUUAGUGAAAAAAGUAGAUAUAAACUUCCAAUUUCGAAACAGUAUGAUCCUGAUGGAACUAAGCUUAAGAAAACGAAAGAAAUAACGACAGUCACUAAGACCGUAGAAGAGAAGAUAGUAACAGAAGAGAUAGUCACUAAGGAAGUGAAAAUUACUUCGGUAGAAGAAAUAUUGGUUAAAGAGCAAAAAGAAGAGGCCAAGUUUAUGGAAAAAAUGAAGAAGGAUAUUGAUAUGGAUAAGAUAGAAAUGACUGCUACAAGCAUUGUUGAUGAGAGCAUUGAGAAAGCUUUGACUGUAGCUGAUGAAAUUAAAAAAGAAAUUGAUCUUGAACUGAGUGCUAUAACCUCAGAAUCUAAAAAUAGCUCAUCUGACAUGGAAACGGCGGUCAUAACAACCGAUAGAAAAGAAUCUAGCAAAGAGGUUAGUGAAAUGAGUGAAACUGUUAAGAAAACUAAUCAUGUUGUUGUUAAAAAGAGUGAUAUUAGUGUCGCUAAAGAGGUUGCGAAAUUUGAAAAAGAUGACAAACAAAUUAUUGUUGACGAACGUCAAGAAUUUAGAAAACAGGAGUUAGAAGAAACUAUUGAGAGUGGUAGUGUGAGGAGGAAGUCUGAAAUGUAUGAUAAAGAUGCUAAAAUUACCGAUGUUAAAUUUGAAAAGAAAUGUAUAGAUCAAACUAUAGAAAGUGGUAGCGUGAGAAGGAAAUCAGAUAUGUUUGAUAGAGAUGAUAAAAUGGCAGAUAUGAAAGUUGAAAAAACAUCUGUAGAUGAAACUAUAGAAAGUGGAAGUGUGAGAAGAAAGUCAGAAAUGUUUGAUAACGAUGUGAAAAAGACCGAUAGUAAAGUAGAAAAGAAAUUUACAGAUGAGAAUAUAGAAAGUGGUAGUGUACGGAGGAAAUCUGAAAUGUAUGAUAAAAACGUUGAAAUGAAAUCAGUGGACGAUACAAAAAUCGGGAGAAAGCAAUCUAAAAUAAUAUCUGACCAAAAAGACAUUAAAGCAGUGCAAUCGGCUCAACAAAAGCAAACAUCUGAAAUUAAACAAGAAAAAAUAUCUACAGCUACUGAGAGAGUACAUAAAUCAGACGAAAGUAAAACUAAAGAGGCUAAAUAUAGUACAGCUAAACUACUAGCAGAACAGAGAGCUUAUACUAUUGGAUUACAAACUAUUCCUCAUAUAAGAGGUACAGUGCAAUCAAAUUAUCAUUAUGAUUUAUUGCUAAAAACCUUUUUCAUACAUUUGACUGAUGUCAUGGUUGCUCUGUCCAGGUUUAUUUUAGCUGAACCUGUACUUUCUAAGCCUUUAGAAACAAAUUCAGAAGUUAAAAAAGAAGUAACUGAAGUUACUCGAGUUGAAAAGGGCGUAGUUUCUGAUACAACAGCUGUGAAAGAUUCUAUAAUAGAUCGUAAAAAAACGGAAAGGAUGGAAACCAAAGAUUUGCAAAUUACAGAAAAACAAGAGAAAAUUGAAAAAGUGGCUGACAUAAUUAAACAAGAUCACGCGAGGGAAGUAAAGCAGCAUGAAUAUACGGAUUAUGUUGAAAAGAUUCAACAAGAAAGUGAAAAAAGGGAAAAAAACAUUUUGUCAGGUGCUGAAAUGGCACAGUUAAGUGAUAAAAAGUCGGGGGAAUUGAUAACUAAAAUGGAUGGAGUUAUAACUGAAUUCCAGAGUAAAGCUGGUUUAGAGGAAGAGAUCACAAUGCAACGAGAAAGAAGGUCAAGAAGUAGAAGCAAAGCAGACGAAGAAAUGGUGGAAGAUGUGCUUUCUAGAUUUGAUAAAACAUCCCAAGACAUUACUGAGGUAAGAACUACUAGCAGUGUUCUAGAGUCAAGGGAGAUGAAAACAGAAACAAAACAUGAAAGUAUGGACAUUAAAAGAGAAACCAAACACGAAGCUAGUAGAGUAAGUAGUAAGGAUGGUAAAAACACAUACAUAUCUAUAUGUGAAGCUCAUGUUUACACUAAUGAAAAUUCAAUUCUUGAUGAAACUGCAGAAAUAUCUGAAAAUAACUCAGUGGAAAGUAUAAAAAAAUCAAAUAUAGCAUUAGAAACUAACGAAGCAAUGGUUACAGAGCGCGUUGCUAUAGAAUCGCAAGCUCAAAUUAAACAAGAAGCAGAAUCUGUUGUCGAAUCACAUAAAAUUUCCAGCGCCAAAACUGAGGAAGUUAUUGUCCAAGAAAAAAAAGACAUCAUUCAAGAAACUGAUGUCCAGAAAUCUUUCAUAGAGAUUGAGAGCAAUAAAGACGCUGUCAUUGAAACAGUAGAAACAAUACAGCCAAUCGUGGAGUUACAUGAGGAUAUUGUCGAAAAGGCUGUUAGUGUCGGAAUAAAAAAUAAAAUGGAUAUACAGGAAAUUGAGACUACUGAAUAUACUGAUGAAUUAAACGUUGUCAAAGAAGAAUCAAUAGAAAUCACGGAGUCGCACGAUAUUAAAGAAGUACAGGUCUUGGAGGAUAUUUCUGUUAAAGCUAAGAAAGAAUCUUUAAAAAUUGAGGAAAUCAAAGAGGAAAUCGAAGACAUCAAAGUAUCAAAAGAAGAAAUUGUUUCAGUGAAAGAAGAAGCUAUUGCAGUUCGGGAUGUAAAAGAAAGUGUAUCUAUAACAAAAGAAGAUAUCAAAGAAAUACAAGAAGUUGUUUCAGUAAAGGAAGAGGUGGCCGAGGUAGCCCAGGAUGUGAAAAAUGAGGAUAUCAAAGUUACUGGAGAAAUAGCUGUCAUUCAAGGAACUACUGUAAUCAGUGAAAAGAGCCUUGAAGUAAAAGACGAAUACGCUCAGUUAAAAUUUACGAAAGAAGAAAUAACUGAAUUAGACGAAAACGUUGAAAUUGACCAAGAAAUUGAAGUUUGUAUUAAAAAGUCUGUUCAUAUUGCUGAAUCAGAGAACCAAUACCAAUCAUUCAUUUCAGAAAGUUCUAUACAGAACGCAGAAUACAUACAAGAAUCUUCAUUUACUGCGAGAUCUACCGAAGACUCGUCUUUCACUUCCAGCGUUGUCCAAGAAUCUACCUUCAUUGCCAGAUCUACUGAAGAUGCUAAAAAACAGCUUACUUUAGAUCUGGAUUCAAAGAUUAAGAAAUCUGACUCACAAUCUUCAGUGAAGAGCACUAUUAGUACGCCUACUCCAUCUACUGUCCCUCCCACUCCACUCACAGAUGAGUACGUCUUCCGACUCCAAAUGCCUCUCCCCAAGCUAACUGGUCCUCCUGUCCCAAGAUCUCCAAGUCCUCAAGACGAGGAUCCUCAUAUUGUAAAAAAGAAUUUGGUCCCUCAUAUAGAUACUGAAAUUAUUGAGGAAGUAGUGUAUGAAACUCCACUUCCAACCCCGCCUGAGGAUAAAUUUUCACCGCCAAAGUUUACUAAACCAGGGUUGAAAGGGGGUAAUAUGAAAUACACAUUUUUAAAGGAGGAGAUAAAAGAAAUCGAAAGAAAGUCAUCACUACUAGCAUCUGCCAUCGACCAAACUAUCAAAUCAAUUGAAGAGUACAAAGAAGAAGUAGGAUUAGAAACCAACGUUGAUAACCCUCUUGUUUACAACGGUUACGCCAAAGUUAUAGACACUAAAGUGUACAAAGAUAAACUUGACAAAGUAAAUAUCGAAAAACAAAUUGUCAAGAACACAGAAAACAUAAACAAAAUUGUAGAAGACAGAGCAAAUGCUGCUGAACAUUUAGUAAAUAGGGUUCAGCUUAAUGGGAUGCCAGUAAAUGUAACUGUGACCGUUGAAAAUAACGUGGCAAAUACAGUGACUGAAGCUAGUGAAAAUAAAAUGGGAGAAUCAAUAGAAAACGUUUGCGUAGAGGGAUAUAGACCCGUGCCUUUCAACCCCGAAGAUGCACCUCAUUUGGAGAGGGUGGAAAUUAGAAUACCGGAGCCGAUUCCAACGGUAGACCCUGGCAAGGCAUUUGUAGCAGAGAAUGGCGAGAUCAUGGGUACACAUCAGGGUAUUGUAGACGGUUUGGAAGAAGCAGUAGUGGAUGAAGAAAUAGCCAAAGAUCUAGGCAAACCUGGUAUGACAGAGGAGAAGAUCGCAGCGAUAAUAUCUGGAGAAUCAGAGAUGCUUCGGGAGGCGCACGUAAUGGGGCUGACACGAGUCUUAAAAUCGCAUAUGCAUCGAGACAAUGAUGAUUCCAGCGUUGAUUUCAAGAAGAUAAAACCUAUAGUGGAAUCCCUAAAGGAUUCUGAAGUCCUCAAAGCUUUGAACGAGGAAUUUGUUAAGACUCAGGAAGACAAGAAGAAGGAAGAAAGAAAGUGGACCAAAUUCUUGCAGAAGCCGGCGCGGCCGGUGCCUAAAGCGAAGUUUGGAUACCACGGAUGGACGGCUAAUGAUGACGAAGUUAAAGAGUCGCCUUACAAAGUGAAAAUAGUAAAACAGCCUAAACCCAAAGUAGCGCCCGAUUACAAGCCGCAGGACUUCAACACGGGCCCGCUGCCGUGGGAAGAGCGAGCGGUCAACGAGCCACCCCCACCCCCAGUGGAGGCUGAACCCCCCAUCUUGAUACCUGAGGAGAAGCCGGUGUUUCUGGAGGCUAUUGAUAAUCUACCGGAGACCGCUGUUCCGGAUUUGGAGGAGACAGGUAUCGAAUUACCCCCUGAAAAGCCAAUAGAGGAACCGGCACCAGAAGCAGAGCCGGAAGCUCCAAAAGAGACAGAAGGUGAAGAAGUAGAAGAGAUUAAGACCGAAGAGCCGGUUGUAGAGGCGACCAGCAACAGCGAGAGCGAGAUGGAGAACAGGAUAGCGGAACAGCUGAUGAAGAAUGUAGAGGGGAUGGUUGAUCCCAACGCACCACUGGGACAGCAGCUGGCGCAGAUGCGCGCGCAGCUGGCGGCGCUGGCGCAGCUGCCCGGCGUCAUCCAGCAGACGCUGGAGCUGGUGACCCGCCAGCUUUGCCAGAUUACGCAGCAGGAAGCUCAGUCUCACCACAAAUUGACACAAGAACAGAUGGCGAUCGAAUCUUCAGAGAUGAUUGAAGAUUCCAAUGAGACCUCUGAAACUAUAAUCGAAGACGUAACUGAAGAUAAAGACGAGACUCAGAUUGAAGAAGUCGUUGAAAAUGGAAUUAAGGAAGACGUGAAAGAAAUGAAGACAGUGGUAGAGGUCAAGCAAACGAAAAUGGAAGAGACCAAACAAACGAAGAUGGAAGAGGUAAAAAAGGUGCAGAUGAUCAGGAGCGUCGAGGAAAUGGAGAAGAUGAAAAGGGAAGAGCAGGAAAUCUUGGACGAGCAGAGAAGAAUCGAGAAGCAGAAGAAGGAAUUAACGAACGAACUACUUGACCAAGAAUACGAAGAGAUGCUUCAGGAGACGCCCCACGAGAUAGCUCUUAGGUUUAUUAAUGAACUCUUGGGGAGUAUUCUGCUGGAUAAAGAGCCCAAACACAUGAAACAGAGACCAUCGCUGACUUCAGCCUUAGACGGACUUAAAACUGACGGCAAAGAGAAAGUAAUGGCGCAACCUCAGCGUGACCAAGAGUCCAGUCAGAAGCAAAAGCCAUCGCUAACAUCUUCGAACGGACCUAAGAAGGAAGACGGAAAGGAACUAAUGGCGGACCUCCAGCUAGACCAAGAGGCAAGACAGCUAAAGCAACGGCCUACGCCGCGCGUCGGCAAGCCCAAGCCCGUCUUUGGGCCUCUCACGCCGUCUGAGAGGCCGGUGGUGUUGCCUGGAGGCCGAAAGUGGAGGAAACCUAAAGACGCGUACAAUGAUGCGUUCAUCGCCGAAACAUUGACCGCUCAGGCUGAGCUGAUACAAGGAAAAGCGCUGGGGAAUACAUACGAAAGCGUUCACCUGCCAUACGACGAGAGGGUGAACUUCAUGAAGUACGAAAAGCCGCCGAUCACAACGGAUCAUCUGAAGAACUCCGAGGUGUACAAGAUGAUCCAUGGCAUGGAACAGGAGCCAGUAAAGCGGGUGGAGUUACUGACACCCGUGAUCUCUGAAGCUGACUACAGAGAGCUGCCCAGCAAGCUGGAGUACCUGAAGGACUCCGAAGUGUACAAGAUGAUCCAUGAUGAAGAGAAGGAACCACUGCGUGGAGUGAAGAUGCUUCAAUACGUCAUCGCUGAAACUCGAUACCAAGAGAAGUGCCGCUCCGUCACUCCUUCAGCCGACAUGACACGCUAAUUAUUUUCUACUCACUGUCUCUAUCUUUUUUUGUUUUGUAUUGUCCCUUCCAUUGAAUAAUUUGUACUCGUGCCAAUUUAAAAUAAAUAUACUGUUGUAACUUCUAAAA